UCUUAUUAUGGGUUUGUUUCUCCUUUAAGAUCUGCCAAACAAGUUACUGCUAAACUUUUCAAGCUGUUCUUCAGGGUGGGGCUCCCUAAGAUAAUGCUUAACGUUCAAGAGAACAAUUACAUGUCAAAACUUACAAAAAAGGUAGUAGUUCUCUUAAAGGUGCAGUCUUUAAAAACUUCAGUGUAUCACCCACAAACUAAUGGACUAGUGAAGCAGGAAGUUUGUAAUCACUGAGAAGGAAAACUGUAAAAAGCCUGGAGCAUGCAUAGUAACUGUGAGGGCACCAUCACCGGCUCCCAAGAAAAUCGGGGUUUGCAUGGAACUUCCAUGUGGCUGCAUUUUAUCAGUGGUCAGUUUCAGCAGUUCUCUUGUUUUGUGUUACUUGCUCAGAAACCUGUCUGUCCUGUUUAUGGUUCUUGGUUAUUUACAAAAGGAGCCGGAAGUAGCAAAGGAAUAUGUGGCAAUAAAUGCUCCAAUGGCAAGCAGGAAAGCAUGGCAACCAAUGACAGGUUCCAAUUUCAUUGCUAAGAGUCACAUUGCAUUUGGGAGCCCUGACUUAAAGCCUGACUCAGGAGCAGUAGAACUCAUUUCAGAAUUAAGGUUGCGAACAGCCUACCGUAUUUAGCAGCUUCUGUCUUCUUCAGGGCCAGUUGAGCCCCGGGGAACCUGUUUAAUGGUAUAACAGCUAGGCCCUCUGGAACCUGUGUGAUUGUAUAACGGCUGUGGAUAAACAUUCCCUCCAGGCCAUGGUAAUGGAGCAGAUUUUUUCCAAGAUGCGCCUUUUAUCUCCUGAAAGCUUGCAUGGACUCUGGGCCUCUAUGAUAAUGAUUGUCCCUGGGUUAUUAGCAUUCAUCUUGAUAUUCAGAUACUGUUGCAGGAAAAGACCGAUAAAGAACAUUAAUGACGAGUAUGAGGAGCUGGUGCAACAGGUUGCAUCUCUCCUGUUGGAGAAAAAACAGUGGGAGGAAGAAGCUACUCAGUUAAUAGAACAUAAUCACAACUUGCAACAAAGCAACAUCAGGCUCAGGAAGCGGAAUCUGGAAGAUGCUGAUGAGGAGAAUAACCAAUUGUUUCAUGAUGUUGCUUUGCUCUCAUUGGAGAAUAAACAAUAUGAAGAGCAGAAUAAGAAGUCUAAGGAAGAAAUUAAAAAACUACUUCAGACUCUUGGAGAGAUCAGGAAGCAGAAUGUGGAAGAUGUUAAUGAGGAGACUAAACAACUGUUUCAUGAUAUUGCUUUGCUCACAACGGAAAAUAAAAAAUAUGAAGAACAGAAUAAGAAGUUAAAGGAAGAGAUCAGAAAUCUAAUGCAGACUAUGGCAAAGAUCAGGGGUGGAACCAAUAAAUCCAGCAGUGACGAAAAUAAAUUGCUGCUUCAGGGUUAUGGGGCGUUAUUAGAAGAAAACGAGAACCUUAAACUUAGGAACAUGAGGCUUGCAGAGCAUGUCAACUGGCUGUCGCAUCCAAACAGAGGCACACAACAAAAGGACUGUAAUGUCUCCUAAAUUCUAUAAUACAUUCUAUGCACAAAAGAAAGACCUUUUCCUAUAUACAAUAAUCAGUAUUGAAACAGUGUCUCCUUUCCUACUUGUCAAUGUUUAGGAAAACAUUGUCUCAGUCCUUUUCUAUAUAUAAUAAUCUGCAGGGUAACAGUGACUCCACCCUUUCCCUAUAUAUUAUAAUCUGGAUGAAAUGAGUCAGUCCUUUUUAAUGAUAUGGAAUAUCAUAUUGAUAUGGAAUAAAGAUCUUGCUUUUAA